CUCUCAGACUACAUAGAUCUCCCCCUUCGCCUCGUCGUAUGGCCAGCUUUGCCGCCUGGUACAACCAUCAGUACUCGUCUUGGAACCGGGUUCGGAGCAUCCACCAGCAGCCGUACAUCGCCCGUGUGGAUACAAACACCUCCCGCACCGCGACACGCAUGGCAUCCCAGAACCCCGUCGUCAUCGACAUGGGCACCCCGGCUCCCGCCCAGGGCCAGGGCACGGCGCAGGCCGCCGCAGCGACUGCGGGCAGCAAGGGCAACGACACCCUCUUCGGGCCCAACAUCGGCGUGCUUGGCGGCGGCCCGGAGUGGACGGAGAGCCAGGACAAGAGCUCGGAUGUGCUUACGCCCGAGAUUGUGAAGGGCUGGAUUGCGAAGAGCAAGGAGACCCACUACUCUACCACAACACUGCAAGCACUGGUGAACCUCAAGAGGCCAACUUUGCGACUAUCACCCCUGGAAAAUGAUGCUUCUGAAGAUGCCGACCAUGUCGAUUCCCAGCAUCAUCACGCCUUGGAGUUCGAGUAUGACUGUGAUGCGCCGAAAUGUGCCAUCCGCGUGCACGUCCACCUGUCCCCCAAGCACCCCCUAGCGGGCAAGCCCGACGUCUCCGGCCUCUCCAAGCUGCUCGUCUUCGAGACGAUCACCGAUGGCGGGUUCGGCAAGUUGCUCAAGCUCGAAGACGGGGCGAUGCUCGAGCUGGGACGAUUUGACCACAAGCGGGCAUCGUCUCCAUCGGCCGAUGCUGCGCAGCCCUCCACCUCCACCGAGCCUGAGAAGGAGAAGUCAUCGUCCCCGGCCGAGACGCCUGCGUCCGAAGCUCCUCAUCAGCGCAAGAAGAGGUUCACGAACUUCCACUUCCGCAAGCGCCACCAAGACCGCAACGUCGCUGGGCCUGCGCUCGCCGUUCUGGAUGCCGACGCCCAGCCUGCCCAUGAAGAGGGCAAGUUUAAGGACGAGAAGGAGGAAGAGGAGGGCGUCCGGGUCACUAUUCGGUUGAGUGCGGUGGACGAGAACGGGAACGACCUUCCGUCGCCCAACGAGCAGGUUACGUACCUGCAUGUCGUCCGCUUUGGGGCGGCGCCCACUCCGGUGCAGGGCGCCGAGGAAGAAGAGGACAAGCGGCCGUGGGUUGUCAAGGUCGUCAAGCGUGAAGCUACGAUCGGACUCCACACCUUCCACCUCCACGAGAUCUAUGGCCUUUCGGCUAACUCGACCACAUCCUCCCAGCCUACCGCACCUCCCCCUACAGCUCAAUUGGAUACACACACCUACCCACCUACCGCACCUGCCACCACCACAGAUGACGAGCCGUCGUCCGAGUGCCUCCUCUGCUUGUCGUCACCCCGCGAGGUCGUCCUGCUUCCAUGUCGCCAUCUUGUCGCGUGCCGCGACUGCGCGCUGAACAUGAUUGAAUUCGGCGCUGGUGGUACCAUAGUGCAGAACGAGAGCGAGACUACUCCGGUUGCUGAGGGCGCCGUCGCCGAGGGUGCCGCCACUGAGGGCGCCACAGAAGGCGCAGCGACGACCGGCAGCGACGGUGCAACCGCAACUCCCGCUCCCGCCUCUGCUAUCCCCCCCGUUCAGGCAAGCCCUCGGCGGAAGCGCAAGGCCAAAGGCUGGUUCUGCCCCGUGUGCCGUCAACCGUAUACUUCUCUUCUCCGCAUUACGACCACACCUCCCGAGAAAGACGAGCACCGCGGGUCGACCGACCUCGAAGACCACAUCCCGCCUGCUGUCGCGGCCCCACCCGCGAGUGCACCUGCGGUCCCCCCUCCCGCUUCUGAGGCUGAGCAACGCAGGCUGAGAGGGAUCUUCAGGAGUGUGUUUGGACGGUUGGGACCGCCGCAGCCGGAUGUUGAGCGCGGGACGGCCCCGGCUGCGAACGCUACUUAGGCUGGUUGGCGUGCCGUUGACGUUGGCAGAUCCCCUUGGACGUCACACUCGUGAUGCUGAUAUGUCCGAAUCCCUCUGUUCGGAUGGAGGUGGAUGUACGAUAUGAUAUGUGGUGGGCAUCUCGUAGUCAUCUGUUCGUAGUCUGCUGAAGUUGUAUUCUUGUGCAUUGGUCAAGUUCGGGGAGGUUUAUGAUCUGUAUGCUCAUACUCUUUGUUUGUCGUUUUUCGAAAUUUCUAGUUGUUGUUUUUACGUUAGCUGGAUUCAAUACAAUACUACUUUGUUUCUAAAUCGUACUGACUCG